UUUCCGUUUGGCUUCGAAAGUCCUGGUUUGGUUGGAACUAUAUGUAUAGUUAGUUUGGCUGACAGGAGGUUAAGUGAGUGGUAAAGAAUGGAUGUGAUUAAAUUUACUCUUUUGGUGUUUCUUUAUCAGCAGGUGUUAUGGCAAGGCAAAGUCUGGAGUCAGGCUGCUAACACCACGGCGGCGCCUCAGGCGGACUACCCUGUAGCUAACAACAUCACCACCACCACCAAGGCGGCGCCUCCGGUGGAUGAUCCCUCAGCUAACACCACAACCACCAAGUUUCAACUCAGGCGGAUGAUCCCUCCGCUAACACCACUACCACCAAGGCGGCAACUCAGGCGGAUGAUCCCUCCGCUAACACCACUACCACCAAGGCGGCAACUCGGGCGGAUGAUCCCGCAGCUAACACCACUACCACCAAGGCGGCAACUCAGGCGGAUGAUCCCGCAGCUAACACCACUACCACCAAGGCGGCAACUCGGGUGGAUGAUCCUGCAGCUAACACCGCUACCACAAAGGCGCCAUCUCCGGCAGAUGAUCCUGUAGCUAACACCACUACCACUAAGGCAGCUAACACCACGAGCCUGCUUCAAACGUUAUCUUGAGUACUGUUGAACUGGUUCCAGGGGCUGUCUAGGUACAUUUUGUCACAUGUUUUACUAACCAAAUAAAGCUUUUAAGUGUC